AUGCUUCUCGCGUAUCUCAAUCCUUGGUAUCGCCCCGAAUCAGAUUUCGAACCCACGCCCUUCGUCGCGCUUUUAUUCCGGGCCCCCGUAAAGCUACUCCUCUACCAUUCGUAUCACCUUCUCGCGUACCUGCGCUCAACCCCAAAACCCUUACAGCAACCACCUGUUCGGGUCGUCUGCAUUUCCGAUACGCAUAACCACAUACCGGAAGAUGUACCAGAAGGCGACCUGCUCAUCCAUGCCGGGGAUAUGACAAAUGGUGGAAGCGUGGCGGAGAUACAGAAACAAAUAGACUGGCUGAGUUCACUGCCGCAUAGAGAGAUUGUCGUCGUCGGUGGAAACCACGAUACGUUUCUAGAUCCAAGGACCCGACCUUCGCUAUCUGAGGAGCAGAGAACUGGGAAGCUGAACUGGAAGAGGGUGCACUACUUGCAGCACCGGCGGUUGAGCCUCACGAUCAGGGUCGAGCCUAGGGACGGUGUUCAGACAGAUGCAUCGACACCCCUACUCGCAGCGGAACAAAACCAGAGGCGGAUACGGAUCUAUGGCGCACCACAAAUUCCAGCGUGCGGACCAAUGGACAUCCAUGCUUUUCAGUAUGAACGAGGUCGAGACGCCUGGUCAGAAACUGUGCCUGAAGAUAUCGAUAUCUUGAUCACACACACACCGCCGAGAUUCCAUCUGGACUUAUCAUUACCGACAGGAAUUGGCUGUGAAUACCUUUUUGCUGAGGUCAAACGAGUAAAACCUACAUUGCAUGUCUUCGGCCAUGUGCACUGGGGAGCUGGGCGAACUGUAGUAUACUGGGAUAAAGCCCAUGAUGCCUAUGUGCGAGGGCUUUCGAUAAAGUCAAAGUGGACGCGAGGCCUACUCAAUCCGAAGCUGUGGUGGAACAUUGUUAGAGUCGCAUACCGUGGUAUAAGAGAGCUUCUGUGGGAUCGCGUGUGGGGUGGACAGAGUCCCAACACAAUCAUGGUCAAUGCAGCCCAAACAAUUGGCAAUACAGGGAAGUUGGGUAAUCCCAUCCAGGUCGUCGACAUUUAA